AUGGAUAUUUUUGUCUUAGCCACUGUUAGCUGUGAGAUUUUCGAGACGUCAUUACUCUUCCUUUGCUGCAGACUGAAUCGCGAAGAUUGCGUGACCAAUGGUGCCAGCAGUGGUCGUACUAGUCCACGUCUCUCCGCUGGUCAGUUAGACCUCGAGAAGGGUCGUUUUGGUUCCCCACGAAGGUCGACAGUUGAAGAUUCAACGACGUCGGGGAUGCCGACAAUCAACAGUAAUCCGCCGGCGAAGUACAGUCGAAUCUUUGCUUACGACUCCCUCUACGACGACGCAGAUGAAAAAGAUUUAGGCUCUUUACAAUCGGAAGGUUCGGUGAUCUCCUACUUGAUUUCCCAGCUGCGUAUCGGCAUGGAUCUGACUCGGAUCACUUUGCCCACCUUCAUUCUGGAGAAACGGUCCACUCUGGAGAUGUACGCCGAUUUCCUUGCUCACCCUGAUCUCUGGGUGGCCAUUGGAGACGGUGAAACGCCGCAGGCGCGACUCAUCGCCUGCCUCCGAUGGUACCUAUCUGCGUUUCACGCGAGUCGUAAAACUCCGGUUUGCAAGAAACCGUAUAACCCAAUUUUGGGAGAGAUAUUCCGUUGCUGCUACUACCUCGGCCCCACCUCCAAUUGUGGCAACUGCGCCUCCUCUCUCUCCUCUUCACAGCCUCUCCUUGAAACAGACAUUCCAGCGGUGUAUCCGGAGGAGGAGAUGGAACGGCAUGGACCUAUCCCUUACGCUUCUGAGGAUUGUGUCGUCUUCCUUGCUGAACAGGUUUCGCACCACCCUCCCAUCUCCGCCUUCUAUGCCGAGUACAUUCCUAAGCGCAUUCAGGUAUCGGGUCAUAUUUGGACCAAGUCGAAGUUUUUUGGUUUAAGCAUUGGAGUCGAAAUGGUCGGCAGUGCCACCAUCGUCCUCCUUAAUCGGCCCGGUGAGGAAUACGUUGUUACAUUCCCAUCCGCCUAUGGACGAAAUAUCCUGGGAGUACCGUGGGUGGAGCUGGGCGGUCAGUGCUCAGUAACCUGUGCAAAGACAGGCUACAGUGCGGAUGUGAACUUUCUCACAAAACCCUUCUACGGGGGCAAGAAGGACCAAAUCCGGGCCAAGGCUUUUGGGCCUGAAUCCGAAAAGCCAUUCUUCACUGUUGAGGGCGAAUGGAGUGGUCGGAUGAUCGGACGAUGGGCAGAAAAUGGGAGAGAGGAGCUCUUCGUGGACACUAAGGCACUGCCGACAAUGCAGAAACAGGUUCGUCCGCGGAGCCAGCAACUUUGCAACGAGUCAAGAAAAUUGUGGGAAUCUGUAACCCAGAACUUGAAACAGGGCAACAUUGACGCUGCAACAGACGCCAAAUCUCUGUUGGAGCAGCGCCAGCGCCGUGAAGCUGCAGCUCGUUUGGAGGCACGUCAACAGUGGAUACCCACUUAUUUCACGGAGGAGAAGCGCUGCUCUCUUACAACCUCUACCAGCGGCUCUAGCGAAAUCUACUAUCGUUUCAAGUGGCCCUUAACUAGUCGGUGUUCGGCCUCUACCGAUGUAUCUGAUGCCUGA